AUGUGCUUAGCCUAUGGACAAACGAGUGAAAUGUUGGGAAUAGAUGACAUGAAAGAAAGAAAUAAAGAGUCACACUUCAAUGCAAAGGACGUAAUUGAAUUGAAACAAAUUAGCGGAACAUACGGAGAAGAAGAUGAUAUUUUAAUUAAAAGAGAACACGAAUUGAUAGAUAAUGGUAUGGAACGGAAUGAAACACUGAAUGACAACGAAGACGAAGGUAAUGAAAUAGAAAUGGAAAACAUAACGGAAAGAGGACAAAACAACAACAGCGAAAUUGUACUGGCUCUUAAAUCAACAACAAAAAGAACAGCAACAACAACAGAAAUAUCAACAAGAUUCGCAACAGCGGCAAAGACUAGGCCAAUACUAUUCACAUCGACACCAACACCACUCCAGCAGCAAGAGCACCCCGAACAGCAGCAGCGUCAACCAGCGACACCAACAUCUGCAUCGACAAACAGUGUCGAGUUGAUGGGCCCCUGGUAUAUAAUUGGGGCCCUCCUACUGCUAUCAGCAAGAGCGGGGGACUCCACAAAUAAAAUCAUACCGCAACAAAUUGGCGGCCAUACAAAUGCCGCCAACGGCGCCACUGGAAUGCAUCAUCACAUACCAAAGAACUCCAUUGCGACGAAUGUGCUCAACGGCGGCGGCAACAACAACAACAAAGGCACAGUGCUUAGUGGCAAUGGGGUUAUCGUAGCCGGUGGUGGCUCAAUUAGUCCAUCAUCGUCGCUUAACACCAUUACCGAAGAACCCGAAUUUACUGAAUACAUUGAAAAUGUAACUGUACCUGCUGGACGCAAUAUCAAAUUGGCGUGUUCUGUUAAAAAUUUAGGAUCAUAUAAGGUGGCUUGGAUGCAUUUCGAACAAUCGGCCAUCUUAACUGUACACAAUCAUGUGAUAACGCGAAAUCCACGCAUCAGUGUGACACACGACAAACAUGAUCGCCAUCGCAGCUGGUAUUUACACAUCAACAAUGUCCAGGAGGAGGACAAAGGCCGCUAUAUGUGUCAGAUCAACACAGUGACGGCCAAAACGCAAUUUGGUUAUCUCAAUGUAGUUGUGCCGCCCAAUAUUGACGAUUCUUUGAGUUCAAGUGACGUCAUAGUGAGAGAAAAUUCGAACAUAUCACUGAGAUGUAAAGCCACUGGUAGCCCCAAACCGGUUAUCAAAUGGAAAAGGGACGAUAAUUCCCGGAUAACAAUUAGUAAAAAUCAUAUAGUCAGCGAAUGGGAAGGUGAUACAUUGGAAUUGACACGUAUCUCUCGCUUGGAUAUGGGCGCCUAUUUGUGCAUAGCUUCAAAUGGGGUGCCACCCACGGUUUCGAAGCGCAUCAAAGUUAGUGUGGACU